GAACCAGUACGCACCUGGAAACAUGGCUCUGAGCUUCUGGCCCAUGCUGCUUUUGCUGCUGCUGACCUGUGGAGUGACUCUAGCCCCUCCUGGGCCUCAGUCCCUGGAUCAUGGUCUCUCCCUCCUGAAGUCAUUCCUCUCUUCUCUGGACCAGUCUCCUCAGGGUUCUCUCAGCCGCUCUCGGUUCUCUGCCUUCUUGGCCAACAUUUCAUCUUCCUUUGAGCGUGGGAGGACGGGGGAGGGACCAGUGGGAGAGCCCCCACCUCUCCAGCCCCCUGCCCUCCGCCUCCAUGAUUUUCUAGUGACACUAAGAGGCAGCCCAGACUGGGAGCCAAUGCUAGGGCUACUGGGGGAUGUGCUGGCACUGCUGGGCCAGGAGCAAACUCCCCGGGACUUCUUGGUGCACCAGGCAGCUGUGCUAGGUGGACUGGUGGAGGUGCUGCUGGGAGCCUUAGUGCCUGGGGGGCCUCCUGCCCCUACACGGCCCCCGUGCACCCGCGAUGGGCCCUCGGACUGUGUUCUCGCUGCUGACUGGUUGCCUUCUCUGCUGCUGCUGUUAGAGGGCACACGCUGGCAGGCCCUGGUGCAGGUGCAGCCCGGUGUGGACCUCAUCAAUGCCACAGGUCUCGAUGGAAGGGAGACAGGCCCCCAUUUGCUGCAGGGUCUGCUGGGCUUGCUUACCCCAACAGGGGAGCUGGGCUCUGAUGAGGCCCUUUGGGGUGGUCUGCUACGCACAGUGGGGGCCCCCCUCUAUGCUGCUUUCCAGGAGGGGCUGCUUCGUAUCACUCACUCCCUCCAGGACGAAGUCUUUUCCCUUCUGGGCCAGCCAGAGCCUGAUGCCACUGGGCAGUGUCAGGGAGGUAACCUUCGGCAGCUGCUGCUGUGGGGCAUCCGGCACAACCUUUCCUGGGAUGUCCAGGCGCUGGGCUUUCUGUCUGGAUCACCACCCCCACCCCCUGCCCUCCUGCACUGCCUGAGCUCAGGUGUGCCUCUGCCCAGGGCCUUCCAGCCCUCGGCCCACGUCAGCCCUCGCCAACGGCGAGCCAUCUCUGUGGAGGCCAUCUGUGAGAACCAUUCAGGUCCAGUUCCACCCUACAGCAUUUCCAACUUCUCCAUCCACUUGCUCUGCCAGUAUACCAGGCCUAUGACCCCACAGCCACCUCCAAGCACCGCUGCCGUCUGCCAGACAGCUGUGUGGUAUGCAGUCUCGUGGGCACCAGGUGCCCAAAGCUGGCUACAGGCUUGCCACGACCAGUUUCCUGAUCAGUUUCUGGAUGCAAUCUGUAGCAGCCUCUCCUUUUCGACCCUGUCUGGUCCUAACCGCCGCCUGGUAAAGCGGCUCUGCGCUGGCCUGCUCCCACCCCCCACCAGCUGUCCUGAUGGCCUGGUCCCUGUACCCCUCACCCCAGAGGUUUUCUGGGGCUGCUUCUUGGAGAAUGAGACUCUGUGGGCUGAGCGGCUAUGUGUAGAGGCGAGUCUGCAGGCUGUGCCCCCAAGCAACCAGGCCUGGGUACAGCAUGUAUGCCAGGGUCCCACCGUAGAUGCCACUGCCUUCCCACCCUGCCACAUUGGACCCUGCGGGGAGCGCUGCCCAGAUGGGGGUGGCUUCUUACUGAUGGUCUGUGCCAAUGACACCAUGUAUGAAGCCCUGGUGCCUUUCUGGCCUUGGCUAGCAGGCCAGUGCAGGAUAAGUCGUGGGGGGAAUGACACCUGCUUUCUAGAAGGGCUGCUGAGCCCCCUUCUGCCUUCUCUGCCACCUCUGGGACCAUCCCCACUCUGUCUGGCCCCUGGCCCCUUCCUGCUUGGCAUGCUGUCCCAGUUACCACGCUGCCAGUCCUCUGUGCCCACCCUUGCCCACCCCACACGCCUACACUAUCUCUUGCGCCUGUUGACUUUCCUUCUGGGUCCAGGGACUGGAGGGGCUGAGGCCCAAGGGAUGCUGGGUCAGGCCCUGCUGCUCUCCAGUCUCCCAGACAACUGCUCCUUCUGGGAUGCCUUCCGCCCAGAGGGUCGGCGCAGUGUGUUACGGACAGUUGGGGAGUACCUGGAACAGGAACAGCCAACCCCACCCGGCUUCGAACCCACGAGCCUCGGCUCUGGUAUGAGCAAGAUGGAGCUGCUAUCCUGUUUCAGUCCUGUGCUGUGGGAUCUGCUCCAGAGAGAGAAGAGUGUUUGGGCUCUGAAGAUUCUAGUGCAAGCAUACCUGCACAUGCCCCCAGAAAACCUCCAGCAGCUGGUGCUCUCUGCAGAGACCGAGGCUGCGCAGGGCUUCCUGACACUCAUGCAUCGUUCCUGGGCCCAGUUGCAUGUACCACCAUCUGAGGAAGAGGCCAUGGGUCGCCUGACAGCCCUCUUGCUACAACGGUACCCACGCCUCACAUCCCAGCUCUUCAUUGAUUUGUCACCACUAAUUCCCUUCUUGGCUGUCUCUGACCUGAUGCGCUUUCCACCAUCGCUGUUGGCCAAUGAUACUGUCCUAGCUGCCAUCCGGGAUCACAGCUCAGGAAUGAGACCCGAACAGAAGGAGGCAUUGGCAAAGCGACUGUUAGCCCCUGAGCUGUUUGGGGAAGUGCCUGCCUGGCCCCAGGAGCUGCUGUGGGCUGCGCUGCCCCUGCUUCCUCACCUCCCUCUAGAGAACUUCCUGCAGCUUAGCCCUCACCAGAUCCAGGCCCUGGAGGAUAGCUGGCCGGCAGCAGGUCUUGGGCCAGGUCAUGCCCGACAUGUGCUCCGCAGCCUGGUGAACCAGAGUGUUGGGGAUGGUGAAGAGCAAGUGCGCAAGCUUGGAUCUCUCGCCUGUUUCCUGACCCCCGAGGAACUGCAGAGCAUGGUGCCCUUGAGUGAUCCAAUGGGACCUGUCGAACAGGGACUGCUAGAAUGUGCGGCCAACGGGACCCUCAGCCCAGAAGGCAGGGUGGCAUAUGAACUUCUAGGGGUGUUGCGUUCGUCUGGAGGAGCUGUGCUAAGCCCCCGGGAGCUGCAGGUCUGGGCCCCUCUUUUCCCUCAGCUAGGCCUCCGCUUCCUGCAGGAACUGUCAGAGCCCCAGCUUAGAGCCAUGCUUCCUGCCCUACGUGGAACCAAUGUCACACCUGCCCAGGCUGCUCUGCUGCUUGGAAGGCUCCUCCCUAGGCAUGAGCUGUCCCUGGAGGAACUCUGCUCCUUGCACCCUCUGCUGCCAGGCCUCAGCCCCCAGACACUCCAGGCCAUCCCUAGACGAGUUCUAGUUGGGGCCUGUUCCUGCCUGGUCCCUGAGCUGUCACGUCUCUCAGCCUGCCAGACCGCGGCACUACUGCAGACCUUUCGGGUGAAGACUGGUGUUAAAAAUACGGGUACAACAGGUGCUGGUGCAGCUGUGUGCAUUCCUGGUCAGCCCAUUCCCACUACUUGGCCAGACUGCCUGCUCCCCCUGCUCCCAUUAAAGCUGCUACAACUGGAUACUGCGGCUCUGCUGGCAAAUCGAAGGCGCUAUCGAGGGCUGCCUUGGUCUGAGCAGCAGGCACAGUUUCUCUGGAAGAAGAUGCAGUUACCCACCAACCUGACGCUCAGAAAUCUGCAGGCUCUGGGAAACCUGGCAGGGGGCAUGUCCUGUGAAUUUCUGCAGCAGAUCAACUCAAUGGCAGACUUCCUUGAUGUGAUACACAUGCUAUAUCGACUGCCCACUGGGGUCCGAGGGAGCCUGAGGGCUUGUAUCUGGGCAGAACUACAGCGAAGGAUGACAAUGCCUGAGCCAGAGUUGACCAACCUGGGGCCAGAACUGAGUGAACUCGACACUAAGCUACUCCUGGAUUUACCGAUCCAGCUGAUGGACAGAUUGUCCAAUGAAUCUAUUAUGUUGGUGGUGGAGUUGGUACAAGGAGCUCCAGAGCAGCUGCUGGCGCUGACUCCACUCCAUCAGACGGCCCUGGCAGAAAAAGCAUUACUAAAUCUGGCUCCAAAGCAGACCCCAAUCUCUGAGGAAGUGCUGGAGACACUGGGCCCCUUGGUCGGAUUCCUGGGGAUAGAGAGCACUCGACGGAUCCCCUUACCGAUCCUGCUGUCCCAUCUCAGUCAGCUGCAGGGCUUCUGCCUAGGAGAGUCAUUUGCUGCAGAGCUGGGACGGCUGCUGUUGAAGGAGCCUGUACUUGGGAAACCAGAGUUAUGGAGCCAGGAUGAAGUAGAACAAGUUGGACGCCUAGUGUUCACUUUGUCUACUGAGGCUAUUUCCUUGAUCCCCAGAGAGGCUUUGGGCCCAGAGACUCUAGAGCGGCUUCUAGAAAAGCAGCAGAGCUGGGAGCAGAGCCAAGUUGGACAGCUGUGUGUGGAGCCACAGCUUGCUCCCAAGAAGGAAGCUCUGGUAGCAGGGAUUGUGCAGCCAGCUGCUGAAGGCCUCCCAGAGCCAAUACCAAAUUGUGCAGACAUACGAGGAACCUUCCCAGCAGCCUGGUCUGCAAUGCAGAUUUUGGAAAUGGAACUCUCAGACUUUGAGGACUGCUUGACACUAUUUGCAGGAGAUCCAGGACUUGGGCCCGAACAAUUACGGGCAGCCAUGGGCAAGGCAAAGCAGUUGUGGGGUCCUCCUCGUGGAUUUCGUCCUGAGCAGAUUCUGCAGCUGGGCCGGCUCUUAAUAGGCCUGGGAGAGCAGGAGCUGCGGGAGCUCAUCCUGGUAGAUUGGGGAGUACUAAGCACCCUGGGACAGAUAGAUGGCUGGAGCUCUGUCCAGCUCCGGGUUGUGGUCUCCAGUUUCCUCAGGCAGAGUGGUCAGCAUGUGAGCCACUUGGAUUUCAUUCACCUGACAGCACUGGGUUACACGCUUUGUGGACUGCGGCCAGAGGAGCUACAGCAUAUCAACAGUUGGGAGUUUAGCCAAGCAGCUCUAUUCCUGGGACACUUGGAUCUUCCCUGCUCGGAGGAACAGUUGGAGGUUCUGGCCCACCUCCUUGUGAUGCCGGGUGGCUUUGGCCCAGUCAGUAACUGGGGGCCUGAGAUUUUCACUGAAAUUGGCACGAUAGCAGCUGGCAUUCCAGACCUGGCUCUUUCAGCACUACUGCAGGGACAGAUCCAGGGCUUGACCCCUCUUGCCAUUUCUGUCAUCCCUGCUCCUAAGUUUGCUGUUGUGUUCAACCCCACCCAGCUAUCUAGUCUCACCAGUGUUCAGGCUGUGGCUGUCACUCCUGAGCAAAUGGCCUUUCUGAGUCCUGAGCAACGACAAGCAGUUGCAUGGGCCCAGCAUGAGGGGAAGGAGAACCUAGAACAGCUGGGUCGAAGCUCGGCCUGUGGCCUCCAGGACUGGUCACAAACUUCCUGGGCACUGGCAUUGACCAUCAGCUUUGUUGGCCACCAUCUUUGAUCCUGUCUCUUCAAUUCAGGGCGAUUGGUGUGGGGAAGGGGACCCUUAUCAUGAAUAAAUACAAAUGCAAAUGCAUCCUAA